GUUUUGCGGUAUAUCAUACUUCUCUAUUGUUUUCCAAUCAGACAACUUUAGAAAGUUUAUCAAAACAUAAUUAUAAAAUCAAAGACGAUGGUGAUGUUACCACGAGUAAAUACUUGAAUUUGUUUGACAUUGGUAAAAGAGCUAAUUUUAUUCAAGUAAUGGGUCCUGAAUGGUAUUUUUGGUUUCUUCCUAUUGGUAAUUC